UUCUGAGCGCUCCUUUGCUGGGUUGUACUAAAAUCCAUCACGUUCCGGGCGAAACAGUGUGCUUUUCACCGCGCUAUUGAGUGAUUCGUGAGUCAAGAGAAUGCUGAGAAAGUGGAAUUUCCGGGCUGUGAACAGCCUGCUCAGGCUACAGAAGUGCGGCGUGGCAUCGGCGCCUGCUCCUGACCCACAGACAGCCCCCAAAGUCCUCUACACUGGCAUCUUCUACAACAAUGAGUGGCACAAGAGCAAGAGCGGAAAGACCUUCAAGAGCAUCAAUCCGGCCAACGAGCAGGUGAUCGCUGAGGUGCAGGAGAGCGACAAGCAGGACGUCAAUCUGGCCGUGGCCGCGGCCAAGGCGGCCUUCACUCUGGGCUCCCCGUGGCGCCGCAUGGACGCGUCAGAGCGCGGCGCCCUGAUCUACCGUCUGGCGGAUCUGAUUGAGCGUGAUCGCAACUACCUGGCCAGCCUGGAGACGCUGGACAACGGGAAGCCCUUCGCCAUGUCCUACAACGUGGACAUUCCCGUAGCGCUGAAGAAUCUGCGCUACUUCGCCGGCUGGGCGGACAAGAAUCACGGCAAAGUGAUCCCGAUGGACGGCGACUUCUUCGCCUACACGCGUCACGAGCCCGUCGGUGUCUGUGGCCAAAUCAUCCCAUGGAACUUCCCCAUUCUCAUGAUGGCGUGGAAGUUGGGACCAGCUCUCGCCACCGGCAACACGAUCGUCCUCAAGCCUGCCGAGCAAACUUCACUCACAGCGCUCUACAUCGCUCAACUGGCCAAGGAAGCUGGCUUCCCAGAGGGCGUGGUGAAUGUGGUUCCUGGCUUUGGGAAUGCCGGCGAGGCGCUCGUGCACCAUCCGGAUGUGGACAAGGUGGCGUUCACGGGGUCAACGGAAGUGGGCCGCCUCAUCCAGAAGGGCUCCAGUGCGGUGAAUCUGAAGCGCGUGACACUGGAAUUGGGCGGCAAGAGUCCCAAUAUCGUGCUGGCCGACACGGAUCUGGACUACGCCGUGGAGACGUCGCACUUCGGGCUGUUCUUCAACAUGGGCCAGUGCUGCUGCGCCGCCAGUCGCACGUACGUGGAGGACAGUAUCUACGAUGAGUUCGUGGAGCGCAGCGCUGAGCGCGCGAAGAAGCGCGUCGUGGGCAAUCCCUUCGACCUGAACACGGAGCAGGGACCGCAGGUGGACGAGGAGCAAUUCAGCAAGAUUCUACGCCUGAUCGACAGUGGGAAGAAGCAGGGAGCGAAGCUGGUGGCCGGCGGCGAGAAGGUGGGCGGCCCGGGGUACUUUGUGCAGCCGACAGUGUUCGCGGACGUGAAGGAUGACAUGGAUAUCUCGCGGGAGGAGAUCUUCGGGCCGGUGCAGCAAUUGGCGCGCUUCAAGAGCCUCGAUGAGGUCAUCAAGCGCGCCAAUGACUCGGAUUACGGACUCGCGGCGGCGAUUUUCAGCAAGAACAUCGACAAGGUGAAUUAUCUGGUGCAGGGAUUGCGCGCCGGCACCGUGUGGGUGAACACGUACAACGCCUUUGGGGCACAGGUGCCCUUCGGCGGCUACAAGAUGUCCGGCCACGGCAGGGAGAACUCUGAGUACGCGCUGAGAAACUACACAGAAGUCAAGAGUGUCAUCACGCGCGUGCAGCAGAAGAACUCUUAAGUUCAUUGUUGGUCAUGUCUAAUCAAGAGAGAGAGAGAGAGUUUUCUAUUCAUACUUUAAUCCCAUAUCCCCUAUUUUUCUAACGGCAAUAAAAAUCAUG